GAAUUGAUUUUAAAAUCAGAACGAUAGAACUGGAUGGAAAGAAAAUUAAGCUUCAAAUAUGGGACACAGCGGGUCAGGAGAGAUUUCGAACCAUCACGACAGCCUACUACAGAGGAGCCAUGGGAAUUCUGCUGGUGUAUGACAUCACAAACGAAAAGUCCUUUGACAAUAUUAAAAAUUGGAUCAGAAACAUUGAAGAGCACGCCUCUUCAGAUGUGGAAAGAAUGAUCCUGGGUAACAAAUGUGAUAUGAAUGACAAAAGACAAGUGUCAAAAGAAAGAGGGGAGAAGUUAGCAAUUGACUAUGGGAUUAAAUUCUUGGAGACAAGUGCAAAAUCCAGUACGAAUGUAGAAGAGGCAUUUUUUACACUUGCACGAGAUAUAAUGACAAAACUCAACAGAAAAAUGAAUGACAGCAAUUCAUCAGGGGCAGGUGGACCAGUGAAAAUAACAGAAAACCGAUCAAAGAAGACCAGUUUCUUCCGUUGCUCGCUACUUUGAUGGACUCUUUCUGAGAGACUGCAGCACACCUAGAGGACCCUUUCCUGCUUCUCUGAAAGCACAGGUCACCAAGCCUCAGAAUCGUCCCGCCCAGCUGCUACUGAGAGCACUGUUGAACCUAGACCUCCCGACACAGAACGUGCAGUGGAUUCCAGCCUCACGGCCCAUCAAGACAACUGGCUUCUUUUUUCAAAUGUGGAAGCAAUGAAGUGGAGACACGUGCCGGACUUAACUUGUUUUUCCUUUGUUUUAUUGUGUGUUGCAGAAGCUGCUGUCUUUCUUUUUCUCACUUUGCACAUCAGUGUUAGCCUUCCCGUGUUACAGCACAAUCUGAGAUUCAUAUCUGCACACUUUUGUCUGGUGAGGUUCUAGACAAAUUUGUGCGUUUGGGGACGUUUAAAAAAAAGAGUGGAACGUUUAAAGCAGAGGAUAAUAUGCUAAAAUUAAAGGACGUUUGGUCUGGUUCAUAUGGCCAAAUGUUAUUGCAUUGAUAGCAUUCAUUUAAGGGCUUUGAUUUUUCUUAAGUAAGAGUCAUUAAAUUCGGAUAAAAUUUAUCUUCAAAAUUCAUGAAGAUACCCAUCUAUUCAUCAAAGACCACAGUGUCUUUGUUCAGAUUGUUUAGAGUUUUGCUUCAUUCCUGCCCUUUCUGCCUGAGUCUGGGUAGCUGAGUAAAUCACUUUUUCAGUUGAUUACCUCUGCCUAAUCUCCUGAAACUGUGUUUGGAAAUGACCUUAAUGUCACUUUUCUUGAGGUUUGUUUUUGCUCUUCUUUCCUGUGUUUGACCUGUUGUAAUCACUCAGUUAUCUAAAACAUAACAUUUGAACUUUGUUGUCUAAAUGUCAACUUCAUGAACUGAAAUUUUACAUAUGCAGAGAGAUGGACCAUUUAAGGUUUUAUUUCAACAUCUAAUAGUUCUGUCACAUCAGGCUACAUAAUUUGUUUUUUCUUAGAUUCACUCCUUCCCUUGCUGGGUUAGUAGUAAUUCUUAACAGAAUCCCUGUCGGCAAGAGUUAACAGGUUAGACUGAGAUUUCGUUCACAGAAAGCUUACCUACAGGGAGAGAGGUUGACCUGCGGACAUCAGUUUCAUAGAGAUAGCUCUUGGUAUGGUGAAAGUAAUGAUUUUUGUUCUGUUUUUAUUUGGGCCUUUUUUUUUUUUUUUUUUUUUUUUUCAGUGUGAGUAAUUAGACCUAGUGCAGCCUCUAGGAAAAGUCUUGCCUUUUCAUUUGAGAAAUUAUGAGCACAGUUUCAGUUUUACAGCAGCUGUUGUUGAAUGUGUAGAACCCAGUUCCAUCUGUUCAGGUUUGUUGUUACAGAACUUGGUCCAGCCAUUUGGGCCAAAGCCAACCAAAAGCUUAGCUGCCUUUCUCACCGCACACUGGUACUGGCAUGCUUUCUAUAGAUGAAACCGUCACAUAAGGAAAAAAGGUAUUUAGUGAUAACUUAUGUGCCAAAUUCCUUGCUGUUAUUCUAGCCUUCAGUGUCAUAACACAGAAUGGAGUAAUAAAGAGGUAAUUCAGGAAUAAUAAUUCUGCUUCCUGUUAGGCCUGUUUCGUUUCACAAAGGCUACCACCAUGCUUGAUAGUUAAGACUGGGAGAGGAACGUGGAAAUGGCUUGCUCGUUACCACAGAGAAUUCUGCUCCAGGUUAAGGUGUAUCACGAGAACGCUUGGACCAGUCAACCUUUCCUGCUUGUUUGAAAACUUUCGUACAAUUUCCCGGCGGGAAAUAUACCAGAGCUGUUUUUGAUGGGUACACUAAACGUAUUGUUCACAAAUUCCAGCCUUCUUGAUUUUUUUUUUUUUUUUUUUUUUUGGUACUUACCUAUAGGCCUAAAGGCACCUGUUGGUGUCUCAGUAUAAUCAGUAGUUCCUUGAUUGAAAGUUGACUGUAAGUCUACCAUCUUAAAAUUAGAUAUCUUUCUGGAAUGAAAAAAAUAGUUUCUUAAAAACAUCUUGUAUUCACUAAUUUUCUGAAAAAGAUCUCAGCAGUUAAGCUUUCUGGAUGGUAACGAAGUGAUUUCUAGAAGGCAAGUGCUAUGACACCAUGUAUGAAUGUAAUUUUCUUAGUAAUUUACCUCUGACUCUUUGGUGUCUUAACACUUUGGUUUAUAUCUCAGGGGUUGUCUGCAAACCAAAACUGACAUAUUCUGUGGUUAGCCUUUUUUUUUUUUUUUUCCCCUCAACAGAAUGCUUUGCUUUUUUUUUUUUUUUUCUUCUUCUCUCUUCUCUUGUCUUCUAUGUCUUAAUACCUAGUCUCCAUGAACUUCCCUUUGAGAGAGCCCUAUACAGAUUAGAUGAGUCUAGAAGUGCUCUUUGAAGUAGCAGCGAACCGGGGGUAUAUACUCUGUUAUAUAGAAAUAAAUCGUCCUUGCUAUUUUCUUAUAUUUAGCUUUGCUACAUUGUAUAUAAUUUGAGCUAAGACUGUAGGAAAUUCACUUUUCUGCAUGGUAAAACGCCCCAAUAAAUAUUCCCCUUUGCUUAAUAAUGUACAUAUAGUGCAUUAUUUUUUCUAUUUGUAGAUGAAUUUAGUGACAGAUAAUUGUCUGUUCCCUGCUGAAACUGAAGAAACCUAGUUUUGUGUGAACCUUUUUCUGUGGUCUUAUGGAUAAGGUACAUGAAGAUUUUUUGCAGCAGUGUUAGUGGUUCGGGGGCUGCAUUUUAUUAUCAGCGUGCUAAUUUUUGACAGGAACGGGACUACACCUUUUCAAGUAAGCGUCUGAGGGUAUCAGACGAUGAAAAUGUGCUGUAACUAAGUAGCAUGUAAGUCAGUUGAUUGUAAACCGUUUCACUGGGAACUGAUUUUAGCUAUAUUUUACUUCAGACAGAUGAUGAGAAAAUAACCCACCUGUGCAUCAGUUAGAAGGUGCUCAGGGUUUCUUACUCUUCACAUGAACAUUCUGUGCAGUCUUUGUUAUAAAUUUCCAGAAGACUAUACUCUUUACUUUGAAGGACUAUUUUUUAAUUAUACCUCAUUUAGCUAACUAGUAUUCUAAUACCUGGUAGAAAAACAGUGAGCCAGUCUUUAAGCAUCCGGCAUAAUUUAGACUGUUUUGAACUAAAGGCAUCAUUGGAAAAGGUAGGAGGUAGUUUAGUUUAGGAUAGAACAUACAUGUCAUAUCCAGUAGUGCAAAAGAAGUAUUAUCUUCCUGUCUCCAUUAACAAACUUAGCUGUGCAAUAUAGAUAAAUGUUUGCAGAAAUUUCUAAAUAAGAGAUUAUAACUCCACUGUACAGGUUCUGAAUGCUGAGAAUCUGUAUUAAGGCUUAUACAGUUUUCCCUGUGAACAGUGAUACAUGGAAGCAGACUUUUCUAGCUCAUGUCUUAGAUUUCUUUAUAAAUUUAGUUCCUAAUCUUUAAAGAUGAGCUUCUAAGCUUGACAUUUUAAAACAGCAUUUCAUUAUGUUGGUUUACUUAUCUCAAAUUUUAAGCACCAUUUCUGCUGUCAGGUUUUUAAGAAUUUUUCUUGUAACAGGACGUUCCUUUCUCCUUCUUGUUAUAUCCAAAGAAGGGGGUGAGAGAAUGUCUAAAAAUGAAAUUCUUGUCCUAGAGGGACCCCGAGGGACAAGAUAAUGCUAAUAAAAUGUCAAAUGCUAGCACAAUUUUACAGUAGAAUCAGUCUUUUUUCAGACUAAUAAAUUUAAUGGCUGUCAUGUUUACUAUGAAAAAAAUCGAAGUGACUGAAAUUUACAGAAAUGAAAAUUAGCAAACAAUUAUUUUAGGGAUAUUUUCAAAUUUUACUUCAUUUUUUGAAAUGCUUGUGUCAUACGCAAUUGCAUUUCUUAUUGCCAAGAACUAAUAGAACUUCUUGUUUUAUUUCUUAGCUUUUUUUAAAAUGUGAAUUUAAUUAUUAUAAUUCAUUCCUAUGGCCUUACAGAUGGGUUUUAUUUUGUUUGCGGCUGACACUGUUCCUUUAAUGCAAAAUACUAUAAUCUAUUUGACUAAAAUCAUGCCCCUAGUGGGAAAUACCUAGUUUUUCCAUAUAAUUAUCCUACUGUGUAUGUUUCAGCAUAUUUCACUUUUGCUCCAAUGGCUUAAUGUGAAAAAGUUCCCGCAGAUGAAGUGGACCUGUCAUGUGCUUAAUCUUCUUUAAGCCAGUUCAUCAAUUGUGUACUGAUACUGAUGCUGUGUUUUCUUUUUUAAAGAAAAAAUGGAUUUUAUUCCAGGUGAACUUUUUUUUACAAUAAUGUUCGUCUAAAAUAAAAACUACAUGAUGAAAAUA